AUGGCUGAGAAGCAGAACCUUCCUAUUAUCCUUUCGAUGGGUGCUUACCCGUUCAAUUUCAUGGAGUGGGUUUGCAUGAUCUUGAUAAUGCUUUUAUGUACUCCUAUUAUUCUUAUCGGCCUGUUAUUAAACUUGCUAGUCCACCUCAUCCAGCGGCCGCUCUUCAAUAUGGGUUAUCCUUACAAGCUCAAGCCAGUGAGGGCUACUCGUCAAGAGUAUGCUGUUGUUACUGGUGCGUCCAAAGGUUUGGGCCAUCAAAUCGCAAUGAAGCUAGCCAAGGCAGGUUGGAGUCUUGUGAUCUCUGCCCGUAGCGAGAAGUUGUUAAACGAGUUGAAGGAUACCCUGGUGAAGACCUACGGUCCGAGUUGCAAGGUUGUCGUCGUCGCCUGUGAUCUGUCCUGUGACGAGGGUCUCGCCAAACUCCGUGCUGCUGUUGAUGAUCUUCCAGUCACCCUUGCUGUUCUAAAUGCAGGUGGUAUGUAUUCAUGUGAUAUCGUCAACCUCGAGCCGGAGAAGUUGGAAACUCAGAUUCGUCUGAAUGUUAUCCAACAAGUGAUGCUCUCACAGUACUUCAUGGCCCAUCACUUCGUUCCUCGUGGAAAGGGUCGUGUCUGCAUCAUCAGCUCUAUCGUUGCACAUGCUCUUGGCAGUGGUAACGCCUUUUACUAUAGUUCGAAGUGCUUCCUAACCCAGUGGGGUAAAUGCCUUGACCAUGAGUGCCGUACUCUCGGUACUGGUGUUCUUACUAUCCAGCCUGGUGCCAUGAAUGAUACUAACUUCAGUGUUGCUGCUGGUUGCAAGGCAUCUCCUUUGUUCACCCUGUUCGACAUGCCCUCCGAGAAGUGCACUGAUGAGGUCGUCUGGAGGCUCCAGAAUGAUGAUCCUCGUAUUGCUACUGGCGUACACACUAUCGGCUUUAAGAAUCAGUUCUUGGUUGCUCUCGAGUCUUGGCUCAGUGAUAGCUUCGCUGCCUGGGUCGGUAGAAUGGAAAUGCUUCAACCUAAUACUCCCUACCUCCGCAGUAUGGAUGCGAGAGAGAGCAAGCUCGCUAUCCACUCGCAGUAG